UAGUGCUUGUGAGUUGUGCCUCCCAACGUGCUCCUCCCGCUGGCUUUUGAUAAUUGAACCCAACCUCCUCCAUAUCUCACACCCCUCUUUUCUCGCGUCUUAUCUUAAAAUAUAGUUUCUAUUCAUAACCAAAGCUGUUAUUAUCGUCCUCUCUGACACCCCAUUUCACUUUCCUCCCUCAACUCUUUCCCGGUGCAUUGAGGGACCAGGAUGUAGCAAGCAGAUGCGAUAGAUUCUUUCCCGGCUUUCCACAACAUUAAAGAGGCGAGCAGUGAGCACAAUGGUACAAAAACAGACCUCAACAUCUUUACCGUCGAAGUUCUUUGAUCCAUCUGGGUCUUCGUUUCGUCAUCUAUUUUAGCGGAUAAUUAGCUGUAAAUGCAGCUUAGAUUUACCUCAUUUGUUUGAUGGGGAAGAGGGGAGGUAGUUCAUGGUUGACUGCUGUCAAAAGAGCUUUCAGAUCUCCUACUAAAGAGGAUGAAGAUAAGAAAAGAGAGAAGCGAAGGUGGAUAUUCAGGAAGCCCACAAACCAGGAAACUGUGACGCAGCAAACACCACCAAAGGCCACGCCUCCUCCUGCCGCCGGUUUUGGUGGCUCCGCUUCUGCAUCUACGAACAAUGAGCCGUCAACGAAAGCGGAUGUGGAGCGAAAGCAUGCGCUUGCGGUGGCGGUGGCCACUGCCGAGGCUGCAAUGGCAACUGCGCAGGCGGCGGUGGAGGUGGCUCGGCUUACCAGGCCUGCUAAUUAUGCUAGAGAACUCUAUGCAGCUAUUGUAAUUCAGACUGCUUUUAGGGGGUAUUUGGCGAGGAGAGCACUGCGUGCGCUUAAAGGGCUAGUGAAGUUGCAAGCUUUAGUGAGAGGUCAUAAUGUUAGAAAGCAAGCGAAGAUGACCCUCAGAUGCAUGCAAGCCUUGGUUCGGGUACAGGCCAGGGUACUUGACCAGCGUAUGAGGCACUCUCAUGAAGGCAGCAGAAAAUCCGCAUUUAGUGACACAAAUAGCGUUUGGGAGUCGCGGUAUAUUCAAGACAUUUUAGAAAGGAAAUCAAUGUCAAGGGAAGGAAGUAGCAUUGCAGAUGAUUGGGAUGAACGUCCGCACACUGUGGAAGAAGUGAAAGCCAUGUUGCAGCAUAGAAAAGAAGCUACAAUGAAGCGUGAAAAGACCUUGUCUCACGCCUUCUCUCAACAGAUUUGGAGAACUGGAAGGAGCCCGUCGAUUGGCAAUGAAGACGAGAUUGAGGAGAGACCCAAAUGGCUCGACCGUUGGAUGGCCACGAAGCCAUGGGACACCAGGGGAAGAGCCUCAACUGACCAGAGAGACGCCAUCAAAACCGUGGAGAUGGAUACCUCCCAGCCUUACUCAUAUCUGGCUUCUAAUUUCCGGAGACCAACUCAAAAUCAAAAUCAGCAUCAGCAACAGCAACAGCAGCAGCAGCAACUAAGACCCAGUUCACCUCUCCAUAGAAGCCACCAAAACGUACACACUCACCAAUCCCCUAUUACUCCUUCACCUUCGAAAACCCGGCCUAUACAAGUUAGGUCGGCCAGCCCUCGUUGCUCCAGAGAAGAUAAAACCUUCCAUACAUCACAAACACCAAGCUUGAGAUCCAACUAUUGUUACAAUGGUAGUGUGCAACAAAAUGGGAGGGGCGGUGGGACUAGUACUAGCAGCAGUGGUGGUGCUGCAUUGCCAAAUUACAUGGCUGCAACAGAGUCUGCCAAGGCACGGGUGCGAUCUCAAAGUGCACCAAGGCAAAGGCCCUUAACGCCAGAGAGGGAGCGUGUCGGGUCGGCCAAGAAACGGCUUUCUUUUCCGGUGCCAGACCCUUUAGGUAUGGGAGUUGGGUAUGGAGGUUUUGGGCAGAAUCUGAGGAGCCCAAGCUUUAAGAGUGUCAAUGCAGCACAUUUUGGGUUGGAGCAACGGUCCAACUAUUCAUCUUGCUGCACUGAUAGCCUUGGUGGGGGUGAGAUUUCUCCAUCUUCAACCAGUGAUCUCAGAAGAUGGUUGAGAUGAUUGAUGGCAGAUAUUGAUUUUAGGCUACGACCAAUAACUUGCAAGAAUUUCUCAUCGAAUUCCCUUAGCAUAGGCUCCAGAAACUUCAACGUUUUCACUUUAAUUUGAAAGUACGAGAGAUUUGGUUGGAGAUCCGGAUGAAGCUGUGAUCUCAUGUAGUAAGUGAGUGGUAUUUUCAUUUGCCUUUCUUCUUUUAACUUUUCCUUUCAUCUUGUUGUUUGAAGUUGAAGAUAAAAUUCAGGUA